AUGCACACCAAAUUUCCAGCAGCGGUCAUAGUCCUUGGGGUUAUCAGCAGCGAAGGGGAUGUUAUGCCACCUCAUUUCUUUGAAGAAGGUCUCAGAAUCAACGCCGAUGGAUACAUUCACGUAUUGGAAACGGUAGUCAAGCCCUGGAUGGACAUGGUGGCCGCCGGAAGAGAUUAUGUCUUCCAGCAGGAAGCGCCAGCCCACAAGUGGAGAAAAACCCAAGCGUGGCUUCACAGUAAUGUGCCCUACCACUGGACACCCGACUUGUGGCCACCCUCCAGCCCGGACUGCAAUCCUCUCGAUUACUACUUUUGGGGCGUAGUUGAAGAAAAUGUUAACGCAAAAUUUCAUAAUACCAAGGACGCGCUGAGAGCCACCAUUACUGAACUGGUGCCCAACGUGGACAGGAAGGAGGUGAAACAUGCAUGCGGUCGGUUCCGGUCACGUCUUGAGCGAGUGGUGGCAGCUAACGGCGGCUAUAUAGAAUAA